UGAUAACAAGAAUAAAGACUAUUGAAGAUUUGAGUAGAUGAAGACAUGUCGUUAUUGAAGACCGGACUAGCAGCGUUCAAGCCUAUAAGAGUUGACGCGUAUCCCUCCUUGAAAUGGAAGAACAUUUCGGGAUUCAAUUGUGCAAAGGAUCAAUCAGUUAUUGAUGAUUUAUUACAAGAGAAAUUGUCAUUUUUAAAGGAUUCGUAUCCUAAUCGUCCCGAGAGAAUGAGCGUAUUGGAUAUGUAUUCUGGGUGUCCAAUAUAUUCGUCGGCGCUAUUUAAUUUUUUGACGCCCCAGAAAUAUGUUAUAAUGUCAACCCAAAAGAACAUAUUGAAGAAUAUUGAUAAAAUAGCUCUAGAUCGAAGAUCUCAGGGAUUGGCAACAUACGAAACAUAUUCAGCAGAUCCAUAUAGUUGGGCAUCUUUUAUUGCAUUGACAAAUUUGGAUAAGGCUUUAACCAUUGAGAAACAAGAUUACAGUAAGGUUCAUGAUUCAUUUUUGAUUACGGGAAAUCUUACGUUGAAGACGAUUGAAGCAUUAUUGUUUCAAUGGGCAUUUUGCAUGGCGAACAAGAAUUGGUUGCAACGAUAUGGGGAUGUUCGAAUGAUGUUUUGGAUUCCAUUUAAGCUUUUGAAUAAAGUGAUACCCAAACCUGGGAAUCUGCGAAGGAUGUCUAUGAUUUUUGAAACGUUUACAAAUUUAAAGGUGAUUGCCUCAUCUACGAAAUUUGAUGGCGAGGAUCUGGACGCAGAUUAUUAUCAGUUGGAUCUUAAAGAUUUUACUCGAGAUGAGGAUAUAGCAUUGAUUGAGAUAACCCGAAAGGACUUUGAUUUUGAUAUUGAGAUCUGGGAGUUUUUAACCAAGAAGAUUUUCUCAACGCCCAGCGCCACAGUUCGAACCAAUGCUGGAUUUAUUUAUCCUGGAGCUAUAGAGUGGUUUGAAAGUAAGGAUGAUAUAAAAGGAUUUUUGAAUAAACCAUCUAAAGAGUUGACAAAGGAUGAGAUUGUGAAGUUGGUCAAUGCGGUGAGUGUUUGGCCAUUUAAGCCUGAUAUAUAUAUGGAUUUCCAUCAUGAAAGCGCCGAUAAUAAUUAAGAAAACGGGAAAGUGAGAGCGAAAAUGAAACUGAAACUGAAAGUGCAAGGAAAUUGAUUAUAAGAUUGUAUAUAAAGUAUAUAAGUUAAUUAAAUCGAUGGUUGAUUAUUAGCGACAGUACUAGUAGUAGUAGUAAUAGUACUAGUAGUAGUAGUGG